UUUUAUUUAUUUUUAAUUUCUUUCAAUCAUAUAUUCAUAUUCUCUCUCCACCUUUUUUUCCUAAUUUUUCAUCCAUUUUUUUUUCUUUCUAUUCUUUAGCAACUGGUUACUCUUUGCUAGCAGUCAAACUGUGAAUCUACCGGCGGUUUAUUUCUCUAAUAUCACCGCCGGGAACCGUAAUUUCGUCCGUCAAAGCCACGGAUCUGCACUUGACUUGUCUUCUCUGCUCGCCGGAGAUUGCCGUGGUCCCUUAAAAAGUAUUUCUGAUUACCAGUUGAAGCUGAAAGUUUGUCCAAGUUAGUUACCGAUGGGUCGUUUAAGGCUACAAUCUAGUAUCAAUGCAAUUGAAGAAGAACCAGAAGAAUGUGAGGCUACUUCUUCCAAUAAGUCCGCAUUGGGAUGUAUGAUUAAUUCAGAGAUAGGAGCUGUGCUUGCGGUCAUGAGGAGAAAUGUGAGAUGGGGAGGUCGUUAUGUAUCGGGUGAUGACCAGUUGGAGCACACUCUCAUUCAAUCUCUUAAAACAUUGAGAAGACAAAUAUUUUCAUGGCAGCACGAGUGGCAAUCCGUCAACCCUUCCUUGUAUCUCCAGCCAUUUCUUGAUGUAAUUCGGUCAGAUGAAACAGGUGCUCCAAUUACCGGUGUUGCAUUGUCGUCUAUUUACAAGAUUUUGACUCUUGAUGUGCUGGAUGUAAAUACUGUCAACGUUGAUGAUGCCAUGCAUCUGGUAGUUGAUGCUGUUACCUGCUGCAGAUUCGAGGUAACUGACCCUGCAUCUGAAGAAGUUGUAUUGACCAAGAUACUUCAGGUUCUUUUGGCUUGCAUGAAAAGUAAAGCAUCAGUUAUGUUGAGUAAUCAGCAUGUUUGUACCAUUGUAAACACUUGCUUCCGAGUCGUUCAUCAAGCUGGAAGUAAAGGUGAACUAUUACAGCGAAUAGCUCGCCACACAAUGCAUGAACUUGUCAGAUGCAUUUUUUUGCACCUUCCAGAUGUUGACAACACAGAACAGUCACUGGUUAAAGGAGGCAGUUCAGUGAAAAAUGAGAAUGCUGGUUUGGAUACGGAUUAUAACUUCAGCGGUAAAUCAGAAAAUGGCAGUGGAGCUUCUGAAUUUGAUGGCCAACUCUCAUCUGGCAUUUAUAAUUCUGCUUCAUCUGGCCUCAUUGGUGGUAUGAUGGAUGAAAGUAUUCCCAGGAAUGAUAACGGGAAGGAUGCAGUUCCUUAUGAUCUGCAUUUAAUGACAGAACCUUAUGGUGUGCCCUGCAUGGUUGAAAUAUUUCAUUUUCUCUGUUCAUUGCUAAACGUUGUUGAGCAUACAGGGAUGGGUCUCAGAGCAAAUUCUUUAACAUUUGAUGAAGAUGUACCUCUUUUUGCCUUGGGUUUGAUCAACUCAGCAAUUGAAUUAGGUGGCCCUGCUAUCCGACAUCAUCCUAGAUUAUUGAGUUUGAUACAGGACGAAUUGUUCCGUAACCUCAUGCAGUUUGGGUUGUCAAUGAGUCCCUUGAUUCUAUCUAUGGUCUGUAGCAUUGUGCUCAACCUAUAUCAGCAUUUGCGCACUGAGCUGAAGCUUCAGCUUGAAGCUUUCUUUUCCUGUGUGAUCUUAAGACUUUCACAAAGUCGAUUUGGAGCUUCGUACCAGCAGCAGGAGGUUGCAAUGGAGGCUCUAGUUGAUUUCUGUAGGCAGAAAACCUUCAUGGUAGAAAUGUACGCGAAUUUGGAUUGUGAUAUAACGUGUGGUAAUGUGUUCGAAGAGCUUGCCAAUUUAUUGUCAAAGAGUGCUUUUCCUGUGAAUUGCCCUUUGUCCAGCAUGCAUAUUCUUGCGUUAGACGGUCUUAUUGCUGUGAUUCAGGGAAUGGCUGAGAGGAUAGGCAAUGGAUCAGUUGGUUUUGAACUAACGCCUGUGAAUCUUCAGGAGUAUACUCCGUUUUGGAUGGUGAAAUGUGAGAAUUAUGGUGAUCCUGAACAUUGGGUCCCUUUUGUUCGUAGAAGGAAGUACAUCAAAAGAAGGUUGAUGAUUGGAGCUGAUCACUUUAACCGAGAUCCUAAGAAAGGGCUAGAAUUUCUUCAAGGGACAUAUCUUUUGCCUGAGAAACUUGAUCCACAGAGUGUUGCUUGCUUUUUCCGCUAUACUGCUGGAUUAGAUAAAAAUCUAGUUGGAGAUUUUCUUGGAAAUCAUGAUGAAUUUUGCGUUCAGGUUCUGAAUGAAUUUGCUGGAACAUUUGAUUUCCAGGACAUGAACCUGGAUACCGCAUUAAGGCUCUUUCUGGAGACUUUUCGACUACCUGGAGAAUCUCAGAAGAUACAAAGAGUGCUGGAGGCAUUCUCAGGGAGAUAUUACGAGCAAUCCCCACUGAUUUUAGCCAAUAGAGAUGCUGCUCUUUUGUUGUCUUAUUCCCUCAUAAUGCUUAACACGGAUCAGCAUAAUGUACAGGUGAAGAAAAAGAUGACCGAAGAGGAUUUCAUCAGGAAUAAUCGGCAUAUUAAUGGAGGUAAUGACCUCCCUCGCGAUUUCCUGUCGGAGCUUUACUACUCAAUAUGCAAGAAUGAGAUUCGCACGACACCUGAACAAGGAGCUGGUUUCGCUGAAAUGACUCCUAGCCGAUGGAUUGAUUUGAUGCACAAGUCCAGAAAAACUUCUCCGUACAUCGUCUCCGAUUCCAGAGCCUACCUCGACCAUGACAUGUUUGCAAUCAUGUCUGGUCCGACGAUUGCCGCCAUCUCUGUGGUGUUCGAUCAUGCAGAGUACGAGGAUGUCUACCAAACAUGCAUCGACGGAUUCUUGGCUGUUGCAAAGAUAUCUGCAUGCCAUCAUCUCGAAGAUGUUUUGGACGAUCUUGUAGUGUCCCUGUGCAAGUUUACAACGUUGUUGAAUCCCUCAUCUGUGGAGGAGCCCGUUCUAGCCUUUGGCGAUGAUGCAAAAGCUAGAAUGGCAACUGUUACGGUUUUCACUAUCGCAAAUAGAUAUGGAGAUUUUAUCCGUACUGGCUGGAGAAAUAUUCUGGACUGCAUCUUGAGAUUGCACAAGCUUGGCCUUCUACCUGCUCGUGUGGCCAGUGAUGCAGCCGAUGAUUCGGAGUUGUCGUCUGAUCCUGGUUCACAUGGCAAGCCUCUCACAAACUCACUAUCUUCCGCUCAUAUGCAAUCUAUCGGUACCCCUAGGCGGUCUUCGGGCCUGAUGGGUCGGUUCAGUCAACUUCUUUCUCUAGAUACUGAAGAGCCGAGAUCUCAGCCCACUGAACAACAACUGGCUGCCCAUCAACGCACACUCCAGACUAUUCAGAAGUGCCAUAUUGACAGUAUUUUCACUGAGAGCAAGUUCCUGCAUGCCGAUUCAUUAUUACAGCUUGCACGAGCACUCAUAUGGGCCGCUGGGCGACCGCAGAAGGGAAGCACCUCGCCUGAGGAUGAGGACACUGCAGUUUUCUGCUUGGAAUUGCUAAUUGCAAUUACAUUGAACAACCGUGAUAGAAUUGGGCUUCUCUGGCAAGGUGUUUAUGAGCACAUAGCUAAUAUAGUUCAAUCGACAGUAGUGGCUUGUGCUUUAGUCGAGAAGGCUGUUUUUGGACUUCUUCGUAUUUGCCAGAGACUGCUUCCAUACAAGGAGAACUUGGCAGAUGAGCUUCUGAGAUCGCUGCAGCUUGUUCUCAAGCUCGACGCACGAGUCGCCGAUCAAUACUGCGAGCAGAUUACUCAGGAGGUCAGCCGAUUAGUCAAAGCAAACGCAACACACAUUCGUUCUCCAAUGGGCUGGCGAACGAUUGCUUCGUUACUCUCUAUCACAGCUAGGCACCCGGAUGCUUCUGAAUCGGGAUUCGAAGCCCUCACGUUCAUAAUGGCAGAUGGGGCCCACCUUUCUCCAGCUAAUUUCGUGCUCUGUGCAGAUGCAGCGAGGCAAUUUGCAGAGUCUCGUGUGGGGCAGACAGAUAGAUCGAUCCAGUCUGUCGAUCUUAUGGCGGGGUCCGUUUCUUGUUUGGUGCGGUGGGCGCAAGAUGCUAGGGAAGGUACGGCCGAAGCAGAAGCUGCGAAACUGUGUCAGGAUAUUGGGGAGAUGUGGCUGAGGCUUGUCCAGGGUUUGAGGAAAGUUUGUCUGGAUCAAAGAGAAGAAGUUAGAAACCACGCUCUUCUAUCUCUACAAAUGUGCUUAACCGGAGUAGAUGAAAUUCACCUCCCACUUGGCCUCUGGCCACAGUGUUUCGAAAUGGUUAUAUUCACUAUGCUCGACGACUUGGCUGAAAUCGCACAGGGGAACCCUCAGACUCAAAAGGAAUACAGAAACAUAGAAGGGACACUCGUUCUUGCACUGAAGCUGCUAACGAAAGUGUUCCUACAUUUACUCAACGAGCUGUCACAGUUAUCGAGCUUCUGCAAACUGUGGCGUAACGUGAUUGGUCGGAUGGAGAAGUAUAUGAAGCUGAAGGUUAAAAGGGGUGAGAAGCUUCUGGAAUUAAUCCCCGAGCUUCUAAAGAACACACUUCUUGUUAUGAAGACAAAGGGAGUGCUCGUUCCGACAAGUACUCUCGGGGGAGACAACGUGUGGGAACAAACAUGGCUGCAUGUGAAUAAGAUAUUUCCAUCUCUACAAUCGGAAGUGUUCCCUAAUCUAGAUUCGGAGCCUUUACAGUCUAGCCCCGUUUUGGGCGAAUCUGCUUCCGAUCAAACCAACUAGCAUAAUGUUUAUCGCAACGUGACCCCUUCUUUCCAUUUUCUUUUUUUCGCUUCGGUGAAAAAAUUUACCACAUUUGUACCGUUUAGAUUAGUGGUGUUAAUUCGGUAGGGUUGAGAUUUUCGAAUAUGUAAUCUUUUAACUGAGUGCUUUUAUGGUGUAGGAUUUGGCUUCGAUUUUUGUCUUCCGAAAAAUACGAAGACUGGCUUGAAUUUGUGAUGGAGGAAGUUGAGCAUCUUCUUUCCAGAGACUGGUGGCUUAUAUUUGUACAGAAUGUUAAUUUUUCUAACUCCUUUUGAUUUUUUCUGAGAGUAUUGUAGUAGUUUGCCUGAAGACAUUUGUUCUGAUAUUGCAUUUGGUCUGAUAUUUGUACCA